AUCUCGCAGCCCUCCAUACUCCACACGCUCGUUUCAGGCUUCAUUUCAAAAGGAAACCAGAACUCAAUUUUGUUUCUUCAAAUCCAAUAAGGAAGAGAAAACUAUACAAUGACUUCUGCUCAAGCUCUGCUCUCGUCAAUGGAGGCCGGAAGGCAGCUCCUUGGUGGCAGGAUACUGCAGUCUUCUUCUUCCUCUAAAAACAUUGGUUCUCAGAGAAGGCCCUCUUUUGUAGUCAGAGCUUCUUCUUCUCCUCCUGCUCGGCAAGGAGCAGACCGGCAGCUAUGGUUUGCUUCCAAACAAUCUCUCUCCUACUUGGAUGGAAGCCUUCCCGGCGACUAUGGGUUCGACCCAUUGGGCCUUUCAGAUCCAGAGGGUACUGGUGGGUUCAUCGAGCCCAAAUGGCUGGCUUAUGGUGAGGUCAUCAACGGUCGCUACGCCAUGCUCGGUGCUGUUGGGGCCAUCGCCCCAGAGAUCCUCGGCAAACUGGGCCUCAUCCCGCCUGAGACGGCCCUUCCCUGGUUCAAAACCGGCGUCAUUCCUCCUGCGGGCACGUACGACUAUUGGGCCGACCCAUACACGCUAUUCGUGUUUGAGAUGGCUCUAAUGGGCUUUGCCGAACACCGUCGGUUUCAGGACUGGGCCAACCCGGGCUCCAUGGGGAAGCAGUACUUCCUUGGGCUGGAAAAGUUCUUGGGCGGAUCGGGCGAUCCGGCCUACCCAGGCGGCCCACUUUUCAACCCGCUGGGAUUUGGGAAGGAUGAGAAGUCUUUCAAAGAGUUGAAGCUGAAGGAGGUGAAGAAUGGGAGGCUGGCCAUGCUGGCUAUAUUGGGCUAUUUUAUACAGGGACUGGUGACUGGGGUGGGGCCCUUCCAGAAUCUUCUGGAUCAUUUGGCUGACCCGGUCAACAAUAAUGUGUUGACCAGUCUUAAGUUCCACUAGUGAGAGUGAGAGAGAGGAUCUGCUUUGAUCUGCCUUGGUGUAUUCUUGGGGGUUGAAUGUGUAAUAUCAUGUGUUUAAUGGUGUUUUUGUAUGAUACUUAGUUUUCUGU